CCUUAACCCUUUAUACAACCAAACACCAGAAACCAGGCUCGAAUUAUCUUUUGAAAAAAAGAGGGCUAUUUUUUCGGAAACCCUACUAUAUAAUUUAUUCAGGAUUCUUGAAUUCAAUGGCGAAAAGAGAAUUAUCAAGCACAUUAAAGAACUUAAAGUUUAUGCAAAGGGGAGCUACUAACAAAGAGGAAAAAAACAAAAAGAAACAAGAUGAAGAAGAUGUCUUAUUACCUGAUGGAAAUUUCCCAUCUUUUGUUAAAUCCAAAAAAUGUAUGAUCAUUAUGGAAGGAGAUCCUAGUCCAGGGGCCAUCAAAGGCCGCAUGUCAUUUCAAAGUUUUAAUCCUAAAAUUGAUAAAUUAAAUGAAGAUGCUUCAAACCCAAGACAAGCAGAAGGUGAUGCUGCUUGCUCUGGGGAUCAAGGAGGAAAACCGUCUAAUAGAGAAAAUGAUGAACCAGUAAGCUUGAAUGGCCAUAAAGCCAACGGAGACCUCAAAAGGAAACAAGUGGAAGUUAUGACAGAGGUACAAAAUACGCAUAAUUCGCGGAAUGUUAUGGAAGGCAACCAGAGUUCUUCAUCAUAUAAUGGUAGAUUGCAAUCUCAUAAGCCACCUAAGCGAGGAAAGCUGGACUUCAAUGUAUUAAGAUCCUCAAAGAGUCAAAGCAAAAGGGGCUGAUCUCUUUCAGGUUUUAUGGUUAAUAGUAUGUUUAAAUUAUAAUAGUUUUGCCUGCAGACUUGUAGUUUAGUUGCAAUGUAACUUCCUAACAAGCUUGUCAUGUUUAUUGUAUAAGUUUCUGUUUUGGUUGAAAUGUUAUGCAGCUACCCAUUAUUUGACUAGUUUUAAUUAUGAUAAAUGAACAAUCUUUUGCUUUUGUAAUUA